AUUGUCUUUACAGUAAGGUUUUAUUUUACUAUGUUUUUUAUAAAACAGCGCCACCUAAAGGACACAAUUGUAUAUAUAAAAAGGGCGGUGUCACUUAAGAGUAAAAAAGAAAAGAAUGUUGGAUGAAGUGUGGUCGCUUAACCUCUACACAGUUUUUGACCGUUAAUUUUAAGGAUGCUGUGCAAGACAAAAUAAUUUUCAUGUUAUGCCAAAGAAAGUAAAGUUCAUACUUUGUGUGGAACCGUAAGUAUUGUUUAUUAUUUAAUGCACAAGACAUAUCAAUGAACAGAAACGCGUCAACUAAGAAGAGAUAAGCUAACCGAUACUAACAAAGAAAACUGAAGCUAAUUUAUCAAUAUAGUGGCUUUAUAGAAAAGAACAAGUAGCCACUACAUAAGUCAAAAACUGUUUACAUCGUUUGAAAAGAAGGAUGACUUCGUGUGUCUAUUGAAGACGAAGGACAACGUAAUAACGAUUUUUAAAGCAUAAGAAGGUCAUAAUGGCGGACAACUCAGACUCAAACGCUGUAGUAAACGAAGAUGACCAAAAGAGGGCGCCAAAGCUCACAGAAAAGGCUCUGGAUUCUAAACUCCAUAAACUGAUCAAUGUAAGAAGGUACAAACUUGGACAGUUGACAGCUAAAUCUAAGGAGAUUGAUAGCUUAAUGCAAAAUAAUGGAAGUUUGAUCCAGAUUGAAGAAGAGCAUUUACCAUUAUUUCAGACACUUCUUGAAGAGUUUAGUAAAUCCAAUGAAGCAGUUUUGGAAAUUCUUCAUGAAGAUGAACAACAUGUUGACCAAGAAUAUUGGUUUCAGCCAAAAUAUGAUUUUUUCAAGUCUAUUUUGGAAAAAACAGAAACAUGGAUUAAAGAACAAAAAAGGAAAACCAUAGAUGACCAUCAGUUAGAUGUAGAAGUGAGUCCUAUGGAUAGUGUAUCCAUUGCUUCUGUGUCAAAGAAAAGAUCAAAAGGGACUGGAUCUAAAGCAAAGUCAGUUAGUAGCAGUUCAUGUGCUUCUUCAUCCACAUCAUCUGCAUCCUCAGCUCGCUUGAAGGAGGAAGCGAAAAGAGCUGCACUUCUUGCAAAGGCUGCUACUCUUAAAAAGAAGCAGUUGUUGGAAUUAGAAGAAGCUCAACUAAAAGCUAAGAAAGAACAGUUGGAUGUUGAAACUGCUAUAGCAGAAGCAACUGCCAAGAUAAAGGUUUAUGAAGACUAUGAAGCUCCAGUUAUCAGAGAUGGAACGUUUGAAAGCAAAACCUUUACACAAAAAGAGGAAAGUGAAAAUGUGCAUCAUCCCCUCAUGCCAAGAGAUUUGCAGCAACAACCAACUUUUAAUGAUGCUGUUGUUCAGUCCACUCAACACGUCACUGAUGUUCACUCAUCUGAAUUGUUACAUGGAAACACACAGCAGAGUAAUAAUAUGGAGGAACUUUGCAAAGUAAUGCAAAAACAGAAUGACAUCACAGAACUUCUUGUUAAACAACAACAACUUUCUAAAAUGCCACCAGUUGAUGUUCCUAUUUUUUACGGUGAUCCAUUGCAUUUCCGUUCCUUCAUGAGAGCCUUCAAUCACACUAUUGAAACAAAGACUGAGAACCCUGCUGAUAAACUGUACUAUUUAGAACAGUAUACAAGAGGUGAAGUCAGAGAUCUUGUUAGGAGCUGUCAACACAUGCAACCACACAGAGGUUUUCAGGAAGCAAUGAAACUGUUACAAAUCCAAUAUGGAAAUGAGAUUCAGAUUGCUUCCGCUUAUAUGGACAAGGCAUUACAGUGGCCUCAAAUUAAGCCUGAAGAUGGAAAGUCAUUGAGUUCUUUUUCUCUUUUCCUUACAAGUUGUUGUAAUGCAAUGGACGACAUUGACUACUUGGAUGAGAUGGACAAUCCUGUCAACAUAAGGAUUUUGACAUCCAAACUACCAUAUAAGAUGAGAGAAAAAUGGAGAGCACAUGCAUUUGAACUACAAGAAAAAUCCAAAACUAGAGCCAAAUUCACAGACUUGGUGAGUUUUAUUGACAAACAAGCUCGGCUGAUGACAGAUCCAUUGUUUGGAAAUAUAAACCCCUCUCAACCAGCAGAAAAGGGAGAAAAAAGAAAGACACAGAUCAAAAGUGUAAAAGGAGAUGGCUUCAAGAAAAGUAGCUUUGCAACAGACAUUACCUGUAAAGAAGAAACCACAAUUAAAGCUACUAAAACUCAAUCAGAAAGAGCUACAAACAGUACUGCUUUUUCAACGCCAUGUCUAUUUUGCAAAAUGAAUCACACAUUUGAAAUGUGUGACACUUUCAGAGAUAAACCUCAUAAUGAUAAGGUUGAAUUUUUGAAGAAAUCAGGACUUUGUUUCAGCUGUUUGGUCAGAGGACAUCUUAGCAAAGAUUGCAAACAAAAGAUGUCAUGUCAGUUUUGUGCUAAAAAACAUCCAAGUCUGCUUCAUGUUUUAAGACUUGAAGAAAAUAAACUUGAAUCAACCAGUGAUAAAAAUGAACCACAGGUCUCAUCAAGUGCACUUGCAUCAGUGCUUAAGGAAAAUGAUUUGACUGGGGAUAAAGAUAGUAUUCUUGCAAUAGUGCCUGUAAGAAUCAAAUCAAAGAAAAGUCCAAAAAUGGUUGAAACUUAUGCCUUUAUUGACCCAGGAAGUUCUGGUACUUUUUGUACUGAAGAUUUAGCAAGACAGCUCAAUCUCACAGGCAGAAAAACAAAGAUUUUUCUUACUACUAUGAAUAAACAGUCCAGCACUGAUAGCUACAUGUUGACUGACCUGGAAGUGAGUGGUAUGGAAGGAUGUAUGUUUAUUGACCUGCCAAAAGUAUUCACACAAAAGGAGAUACCAGUGAGCAAAGCAAACAUCCCUCUGCAGGGAGAACUGGAUCAGUGGCCAUAUCUGAAGGAUGUCAAAUUGCCAUGCAUAGAUGCUGAUGUGAGUCUUUUGAUUGGAAACAAUGCAUACAAGGCCAUGGAACCCUGGAAAGUGAUAAACAGCCAGGACAGUGGACCAUAUGCAGUGAGAACACCACUCGGUUGGAUAAUAAAUGGACCCCUCAGAGAACCCAAUGGAGCCUGUUCAGAAAUGGAAAAGCAACAACAGGUUACUGUUAACAGAGUUAGUUUGGAAACAAUAGAAGAACUCACAAGGCAACAAUACAACCAUGACUUCCCUGAGAGAAACUGUGAUGACAAGUUGGAGAUGUCUCAUGAAGACAACCUUUUCAUGGAAAAAGUAACUAGCUCACUGAGUUCUAUCAAUGGUCAUUACAGUAUGAAGCUUCCUGUCAAACAUGAGUCUGUCACAAUGCCAUGCAACAAAAAAUUGGCUGAACAACGUGCAGUUAAUCUGAAAAGGAAAUUUCAAAGAAACCCAUUGUUCCAUGAUGAAUACAAAACAUUUAUUUCAAACAUGUUGGAGAUGGGCUACGCAGUACAAGUACCGGAUCAACAACUCAACAGACCAGAUGGAAGGAUUUGGUACAUACCACAUCAUGGUGUGUACCAUCCUCGUAAAAAGAAGCUGCGUGUGGUUUUUGAUUGUGCUGCUUCAUUUCAAGGAACAUCCCUAAAUGACAUACUGCUACAGGGACCUGACCUUGCUAACUCCCUCAUUGGAGUCCUCACCCGGUUCAGGCAGGGUCCUAUUGCAAUGACAGCAGACAUUCAAGCAAUGUAUCAUCAAGUAAAGGUUGCAAAUGAAGACACAGACCUUUUGAGGUUCUUGUGGUGGCCUGAAGGUGACUUCACAAGAACUCUAGAAGAGUUUAAGAUGAUUGUCCAUCCAUUUGGUGCCACAUCUUCACCUAGUUGUGCUAUGUUUGCACUAAGGAGAACAGCUGAGGAUAAUCAAAGCAAAUCAUCAUCAGAAACAGUGGAAACUGUACUAAAUAACUUUUAUGUUGAUGACUGCCUUAAGGCUGUGGAUACCACUGCUAAAGCCAUUGUUAUGGUUGAAGAAUUAACUGCAUUGUGUGCCACAGGAGGGUUUCAUCUAACUAAAUGGGCAAGCAACAGCCGUGAACUGUUGGCUACCAUCCCCGAAGAAGAGAGAGCAAAGGAGUUCAAAGAUCUGGACCUAAGUAAUGACACAUUACCUAAGGAAAGAACGCUAGGAGUUCAAUGGUGCACUGAAAGUGAUGCUUUCACAUUUACUAUCAAUGUGAAAACCAGACCGAUGACAAGAAGAGGACUUCUCUCGGUGGUGAGUUCUAUUUAUGAUCCACUGGGUUUUCUAGCACCCGUCACCCUUCUCCCAAAAACUCUUCUCCAACAGAUGUGCAAGAACAAACUUGGAUGGGAUGAAGAAAUACCUGAAGAAUUUGCAAGAAAAUGGAAAAAGUGGCUAGAUGAGCUUGACUUGCUUUCAAGCUUCAACAUUAACAGAUGCAUAAAACCACCUGAGUUCAAGUCUGCCAUUACAGCUAAACUGCAUCAUUUCUCUGAUGCAAGUGAGUUGGGAUACGGAACUGUCACAUAUCUCAGCUUAAAGAAUGAAGAAGGAAAAUUCCAUUCUGCUUUCAUCAUAGGAAAGGCCCGUGUUGCACCGAUAAAGCAGACUACAAUACCAAGAAUGGAACUUGCAGCUGCUGUCGUUGCUGUAAAAAUGGACAAAAUGUUGAGGAAAGAAAUGCAACUCGACUUACAAGACUCCCAGUUUUGGACUGACAGCACUACAGUGUUAUCUUACAUCUCAUCUGAAACACACAGAUUCAAAACUUUUGUUGCAAAUAGAGUUGCAAUUAUAAGGGAAAACACAAAACCAUCUCAGUGGAGAUAUGUUAAUACUUCCCUCAAUCCAGCAGACUGUGCAUCACGUGGGUUGACAGCAGAAGACUUUAUGAAAAAUGAGAAAUGGAUAAACGGCCCAACAUUUCUUCAAAGUCUGGAAGAGUCAUGGCCAGAAGGUCAUGAAAGUAAACUUGUGGACCAAGAUGAUGUUGAGUUGAAGAAGAAACUAAAAGUAAACUUAACAUUGACAACAAGUGCUCCAUGCCCUAUUAACCAACUGAUUGAGUACUAUUCCAGCUGGUACAAGUUAAAAAAGGCUAUAGCAUGGAUGCUAAGGCUCAAAGAAAUCUUAUUACAACUUAGCCAGCAAAGACAACUCAUCCAAAAGACAACCAGUAACGCAGAUAUGGUCAAGAGGAUGAAUGAGUACAAGACUAAAAUGAAAAUGAAUCCACUAUCAGUACAAAAUCUACAAGAUGCAGAAAGGGCAGUUGUUCAGUAUAGUCAAUGCCAACGGUUUCCAGAAGAAAUCUCAUCUUUGCAAAAAGGCGUUUGCGUGAAAAGAAACAGUGAGAUCUAUAAAUUAGAUCCUCUCCUUAUUGAUAACAUGCUGAGAGUUGGUGGCAGACUUUGUAAUUCAGCCAUGUCUGAAGAGGCUGUACAUCCUGCUAUUCUCUCAAAAGACAUGCACAUAUCAAGACUCAUUCUCAGGAAUAUUCAUGAGCAAUCAGGACACAGUGGAAGAAACUAUGUGCUUUCUCAACUACGACAGAAAUAUUGGAUUCCUAAGGCACAUUCAGCAGUAAGGAAGUUGCUUUCAAACUGUGCUGUUUGUCGAAAGCUUCAUGGAAAACCAGGAGAACAAAAAAUGUCUGACUUACCACAAGAUCGGGUUUUGCCUGAUUCACCACCCUUCACUAAUACAGGUGUCGACUUCUUUGGACCAAUCGAAAUAAAGAGAGGACGGAGUAAUGUUAAAAGAUAUGGUGUCCUAUUUACAUGCCUUGCAAUCAGAGCCGUGCAUAUAGAAGUGGCUCAUUCACUGGACACAGACUCUUGUAUAAAUGCAAUACGGAGAUUUAUGUGUCGAAGAGGACAAGUUAUGGUGCUUCGCUCAGACAAUGGCACUAACUUUGUUGGUGCUGAAAGACAGUUGUGCGAGUCUAUUGAGCAGUGGAACCAAUCAAAAAUUGAAGAUACACUGAGACAAAAUGGAAUUCAGUGGAUAUUUAAUCCACCAGGCGGCUCUCAUCAUGGUGGAGUUUGGGAGAGGCAGGUUCGAACUGUGAAAAGAGUGCUAAGCUCUGUGCUGAAACAGCAGAUGCUUGAUGAUGAAGGUCUCCAAACGGUGUUCUGUGAGGUCGAAGCCAUCAUUAAUGCAAGACCUAUAACAAGUGUUUCGGAUGAUCCUAAUGACAUUGAACCGUUGACUCCAAACCAUUUGCUGUUACUGAAAAAGCAACCUCUGUUACCAUCUGGACUGUUUCAACAGGCAGAUCUUUAUGCUCGCAGAAGAUGGAGGCAGUCUCAGUAUAUUGCUGACCUAUUUUGGAAACGGUGGACAAAAGAGUAUCUUCCCAUUCUUCAAGAACGUCAGAAGUGGUUUCAAAUUAAAGAAAACCUCGCCACUGAUGAUGUUGUCCUAAUCAUGGAUCAAACUGCUCCCAGGAAUGCAUGGGUCAUGGGAAGAGUCCUAAAAACUUUGCCAGAUAAGAAGGGUCUAGUUCGCAGGGUUCUGGUGAAAACAAUGACCAACACUUUGGAAAGACCCAUUGACAAGUUAUGCUUGAUUCAUAAGAAGGACAUUGUAUAGAGACAGUUACAUCACUUCUUUUUUUUGAAUAUAUUCUAUGUUUUUGCUCUUGCUAAAGUUAUGUUAUAUAAUUGACAUGUUUUCUCCAUGUGCAAUUAUGGGGCCGGAAAUGUAAGAGCCAAAAAUGUUAGUUUUAACAUUGUUUCUUUUUUGUAUGCUUUUUGCAUAUUUAGAUAUUGUCUUUACAGUAAGGUUUUAUUUUACUAUGUUUUUUAUAAAACAGCGCCACCUAAAGGACACAAUUGUAUAUAUAAAAAGGGCGGUGUCACUUAAGAGUAAAAAAGAAAAGAAUGUUGGAUGAAGUGUGGUCGCUUAACCUCUACACAGUUUUUGACCGUUAAUUUUAAGGAUGCUGUGCAAGACAAAAUAAUUUUCAUGUUAUGCCAAAGAAAGUAAAGUUCAUACUUUGUGUGGAACCGUUUCCUGCAAAGCUGCAUGAGGCUCCGAUGUUUUGAAGAUGGAUCGUUAAAAUCUGCCUUAUCUGACGUCACCUGUGUAAGCUUGUUUUUGUAGAUUUAUCUUCACAUACAGCAAACUAUCUAAACACUGCAGAAAUCAGUUGCAUUUCUGUAAAAUGACUGAUUUUACAGAAAUGUUGCUAGCUGUUAGCUUUAACAACCAGUAUUAUGCCUGAUUGUUAUUGUGAUCUUCAUUUCACAUAACUGCUAAAUUAACCAAAUACAUUUCAAAUUUAACACGAGUUUUAGACCAACUCUUAAUCGAUGUUCUCAAAUAAUAUAAGUGUGCUAAUAUUAGAAGCAUAUUCAUUAAAGUUUGGUAUAAAAUUUUAGUUGCAUUUUACUUAUGUUUAAAUAUUAGCUCUAGUCAUUUUGCCCCAGUCACUAAACCAAUGGUAAUCACUCAAGUUUUUAAAGGUGAAGUUCUUAAUCUAGUCAUUUUCUCCGAGUCCAUCAGCAACUAAUAAUCCCAUCAAAGUUAAAACUUUGCAUUUUGAAAUGAUUUAAUCAGGAAAAUGUGAAACAUUUAGCCAGUAGGUUAUUUUUAGCAGACUUAAUGACCUGCAAAGGUUAAGUAAACACAGCCCUCCAUUUAUGAACAUUUUUAAACAUGACCUGCAGUUAUAUCCCAACUGCUUAACCAAAGUGAAACAUUUGAUAAAUUGCCCAGAAUUUUAUUUACAUUUUGAAUUUUCCUUCACUAUUGAUAUUGAAAGUAAACAUCUGCCGUCAGUCAGGUAACAUUUUAUGUAUUUAGAGAAAUUUUAUGCAGUGCAGAAGUUUUCACCAGCUGUGGAUUCUAUGACAUUCAUCUGAACCCCACAUUAAAAACUGACACUUUACCUCCAGAAAAUAUAGAAAAGUAACAAGUCUUGUGGUAUAUCAAAAUAAGUAUUUAUUGUGCAUUCAUAAAAAUAUAUACAGCCAUCAGUACAGAAGCUCCUCAUCCUCAGAUGAUCUGAAACCGGCAAGCAUGAAAAAUAACCUACAAGUAAGAGAAUAUAAGUCGGUAAAACAGUUUAGUUUCUAAAUCCAGACAUCCUACUGGAUCCACUGUAGGAACAGUUUUAGGUUAAAUUAUGUAUUCAGAUUUAAAACUAAAGGUUUCUCAAGAACACUCUCAUACAAUUCUUUAAGAUUUCAAGCUAACAAUUAUUUAAUAACUCACCCAUUUAAGUCAAAACCCUGCUUAAUAGAUUCAUUUUUCAUCCAUUAAGUCUCUUUGUAAUAAUGAAUAUUUUAAUAUUCAGCCUAAAAGCAGCCAACAUAAGUGGUCAAUAUUUUUCUGCAGUAAUGUCACCUGAAGGGGAAGAAGGUUCAGCCCUCCUCGGUUCCCUGUCAGCUUCCAGGUGAAGCCCUACAGGCCAGGUUACAGAGGCAACCUGGAGACGGAGGAAAACACAGCAAUGAGAAACAGAGCAACGCAGGAUUAUUCCAGGAGACACCAGUUAGAGGUUCCACCGUUCAGUGGAACAAACCCGUGUCUCCUUUCACCCACAAAAACCAAAAUUAAGCAACAAAACUCCCCAGUUUUACUUAUGUUUAGCUACAUAAAAAGACGCAGUAAUCUGGUAAGAUUAAACAGUGGUACACUUGUGCACCAUCGUAAAUAUAUUCCAUACAUUUUUGACCAACACAGAGUGAAGACAGGUUGAUUUACAUACCUAGUUGGCUGGAUGUGGAUAUCCUAAAGAGAUAUUUCAGACUCCUAUCACAACCGACCCCAGGUAAUCAACAGGGUCCUGACGUAGCCUACAAACAAACUGCUACGGCUAUUUUGGCUGGGAUAGCCUACAGGAAUACGAGUAAGAACACCUAAAUGUAGGAAUAAUCAAAGAUAAUUAUCAGAGCCCUCAGGUCCACAUGUAGUAAAUAUGAAAGUAAAUAAGUCAAAUCUUAAAACCACAGUUAAGACAAGGUCUCACCCUACAAAGCCUACAUGCUUUGGCUGUGGGUAGACUGCAUCCAUUUCACCCACCUGAGUAAAAGAUGCAACUAAGAUGAUCUCAUAAACCUGUGGAUAAACUGGAAGCCUGGUUAAAUAAGUAAGAUAACUAAGCUAAGUGGUAUAACGUUUUAUUUAAAAUGAACAUACAUGAGCAUACCAAAAUGUUUCAACAAUAAGUUUUUGUUCUCAACACAUGAAAGUACACAAUAUACAAUAGAUAUUGCUACAGGAAAAAAUAAACAGUAUUUAGACUGAAUCUAGCAAUAUGCUCAGAGGAAUUUAAAGUACAAUAUGGGGAGGGAAACUAGAGUCCUGCAGUAGUGAAUUUCCUUGGAUGACCCGGAAAAUUAUACAAAAAUUUAUAGUAAGAAUGACAUCUAUGAACCAGAAAAACAUUCUCAUCCUCACAUUGAAAAGAAAAUACACUAAAUUUUUCUCUAAAUUUAACAAAAUCGAAUUCAACUGCUUAAAAUGCAAAUAUUAAAAAAAUAAGAACUUAUCAGGAAAAUAAUCCUACAUCAUUUUUUUCCAAACACAACGACGGAACGCAAA